ACUUUGGAGCAGUAUUUUUUAAAAACACAGCGACUUAAUGCAACCACAAAAAAGUGAACUUUUAAGAGCAGAAUGUACCUUACCUGUUGCUGUGGUAUCCGAGGGAACGACUAGUUCCUGGCUCUGCUGGGAACCUAAACCUUGAGCAUCCGCUGAGUUUCGGGUCCAAACCAGGCAGAAAAUCUGUAGCAGAGAGACCUUCAUCAUGCCGAAUAUGGAGAAGCACCUUUUCAACCUCAAAUUUGCCGCCAAAGAGCUGCAACGCAACUCCAAGAAAUGUGAUAAAGAAGAAAAGGCAGAAAAAUCAAAAGUGAAGCAGGCUAUCCAGAAAGGUAACAUGGAGGCAGCCAGGAUCCAUGCAGAGAACGCCAUCCGUCAAAAGCAUCAGUCCAUUAAUUUUUUGAGGAUGAGUGCACGUGUGGAUGCUGUUGCUUCUAGGGUCCAGACUGCUGUUACCAUGAACCAGGUGUCUAAAUCCAUGUCUGGAGUGGUCAAGUCCAUGGAUGCUACUCUGAAAAGCAUGAAUCUGGAGAAGAUCUCUGCAUUAAUGGACAAGUUUGAAAACCAAUUUGAAACUCUUGAUGUACAGACAGCUCAGAUGGAAGACACCAUGAGUCACACUACUACGCUGACAACACCUCAGAAUGAAGUGGAUUUGUUGAUGCAUGAGAUGGCAGAUGAAGCAGGCUUGGAUCUGAACCUGGAGCUCCCCUCAGGCCAGACUUCAUCACUGGCUUCAUCUGUGGCAUCAACAGAGCAGGAUGAGCUUUCUCAGAGGCUGUCCAGACUACGAGACCAGGUGUCAUAGUAAUUGGGAAAAUGACACAAGGAGGGCAGAGGAGAGAAGAAGCACGGGUUUAAAAAAGAAGAAGAAAUAAAAGGGUGCCAUGUGCCUGCAAGCUGUGUUCCCUCCAUGUUUGUUAGUGAGAAAUAAAGAAGCUGUCCAACAGCAGAGAAGGACUGAGAAGAGAAAAAACAGCAUAUUUACAGUCAUGAUAUUAACAGCAGCACAUGCAGACCCUCUAUAAAGAUAUUACUUGCACAUUUUAUUUAUGCUUAUUUAUGGGAAGUUCCUUGAGUUUUACACCCUAAACAUGUUCCUACUUGUGAGCAAAAUGUUAGAACACUAUUUAUUUGCCUUUACCUCACUCUUAAGUGGUUUUACAAUAUGUAUUAAAUGCAGAGCAAUAUAUUUAUGUAUUUAUUACUCUCUAACUCUGACUGGAUAUUGCUAAGAGCAUGCUUGUGAUGCCUAUGUGUUAUGUCCUGUGUGCAUGACCGAGGAUGUGGAGACCCCUAGUGCUGCUUCCCUGUCUGUUGCUCCAGAGGUUUGACCUUGGAGUUGAAACUACUUUUUAUGUUUACCAAGCAAAAAAGGGCUUUGUGCAACACGUUGCUUUUGAGACAGCUGGUAUAUUUACCCAUUUUGAGUGUAGCAGUUUCCCCUCUCAUGGCUCACCCCACACUUGUAUUCAAAGACAUAAUCAAUAAAGGCUUUUAAUGUGUCA